UGUUUAGGCAGUAGGGAGUUUCUGCUAGGGUCUGGAUUGGAGUUAUACGCAGACCGGACCCUACCCUGUAUGAGUGGUGUCUGAGGAGAAAAGAGGAUUCCCCCCUUUGUCGCAAAGAAUCUACAUGUCUAAUAUUUAGACAUGUUCAGCUUUGUGGAUAUUCGGUUAGCGCUGCUGCUCAGCGCAGCAGUGCUUUUGGCCAGAGGUCAAGGCGAGGAUGAUAGCGCGUUCGGCAGCUGCACAUUAGAUGGACAGUUCUACAACGAUAAGGAUGUAUGGAAACCAGAGCCCUGCCAGAUCUGCGUCUGCGACAGUGGAACCGUCAUGUGCGACGAAGUGAUCUGCGAGGACACAUCCGAGUGUGCCGACCCCAUCAUCCGAGACGGAGAGUGCUGCCCUAUGUGCCCCGACGGUACUUCACCUUCUUCUUCCUCCUCCUCCUCCUCCUCCUCCUUCUGCACCGAAUCUGGGGUCGAUUAGCUUUUUGGCGCCACC